CGGGGCUGGCGGCGCGAGACGGCGGCAGCGGCGGCGGCAGCGGCAGCACCACCUUCCGCAGAGCAGCAGCAGCAGCAGCAGCACCACAGCGCGGGGAGGCGCGGAGCCGCGGGAGCGCCAAUGCCCGGACCGACCCAAGCCCUGUCCCCAAAUGGCGAGAACAAUAACGACAUCAUCCAGGACAACGGCACCACCAUCAUCCCCUUCAGGAAGCACACGGUGCGGGGGGAGCGCUCCUACAGCUGGGGAAUGGCGGUCAACGUGUACUCUACCUCUAUAACCCAAGAGACUAUGAGCAGACAUGACAUCAUCGCAUGGGUUAAUGAUAUACUAGCUUUAAACUACACAAAAGUUGAACAACUCUGUUCAGGAGCAGCUUACUGCCAGUUCAUGGACAUGUUGUUCCCCGGGUGCAUUAGCUUGAAGAAAGUAAAGUUCCAAGCAAAGCUGGAGCAUGAAUACAUUCACAACUUCAAGCUUCUGCAAGCAUCGUUUAAAAGAAUGAAUGUGGAUAAGGUAAUUCCAGUGGAAAAACUGGUCAAAGGGCGCUUCCAAGACAACUUAGAUUUCAUUCAGUGGUUUAAGAAGUUCUUUGAUGCUAACUAUGAUGGGAAGGAGUAUGAUCCUGUGGAAGCUCGACAAGGCCAAGAUGCUCUUCCCCCACCAGAUCCUGGUGAACAAAUCUUUAAUCUGCCCAAAAAGUCCCACCAUGCAAACUCUCCUACUGCAGGUGCUGCUAAAUCCAGUCCAGCUUCUAAACCGGGAUCAACACCUUCUCGUCCAUCUUCAGCAAAAAAAGCUGCACCGAGCAGCUCAGCAUCCAAAUCAGAUAAAGAUUUGGAAACUCAAGUCAUACAGCUCAGCGAACAGGUACAUUCAUUAAAACUUGCACUUGAAGGAGUGGAGAAAGAAAGGGAUUUCUACUUUGGCAAAUUAAGGGAGAUUGAGCUUCUCUGCCAAGAACACGGGGGAGAGAAUAAUGACCUUGUCCAUCGGCUAAUGGAAGUCCUCUAUGCUUCAGAAGAACACGAGAGCCACACAGAGGAGCAUGAAGGCGAAGAGCAGGUCCACGAACAGCCCCAGCAGCAGGAGGAGUACUGAUUCACGCAGCGUCUCUGACAAUUUUCAUUUUGUGUGAGAACUUUCUUCUGGAGAAUGGAACAUGUGUGGCCUCAAACUUGAAAUCAGUUCACUCCCAGUCUGCCAUUAACAUUUAUGUACCAUAGUGAGUGCCAGCCAACCACUGCAUUCUGUACCCAUACUUUGCCAAGAUGCAUUUGCAGAAGUCUUCUUUCAGUGUAUCCUCCCGAGAGGCUGUAGGGCUACAUCACCUACUGUACAUCACUGCAACUUCACCACUUGGCUGCUUGAGAUUUGUUCUGCUCUUUAAGAAAAUAUAUAUAUUUAUUUUUUUUCUUUUUGUCUUAAGUAUGAUACACUUGUAACUUGUUCUAACAUAUUUAUAUUGGCAUUUUGUGUGGCAAGAAGUACCGUACCACUAGCUGUGUCUCUCACUUUGUGGUGCUUUGGCGUUUUCUCGUACGUCUGCCCUGGGGCGUAAAUUUGGUCAAACAAUUGGAAUAAAGGGAUACAGUGGAAGUCAUGUUCAAGCCAUAACGAUGAGUUGUGUUGUGGAGGAAAAUGCUCAUGUUGCUCACGUUUGUUCCUUUCCUGCCUUUGCCGAAUGGGAGGCAAAGCAUCUGUUUCACUAGGAGAGAUUUAAAACCUUGUGUUAGAAAGCUGCAUGGUAUGUUUUUUGGCUUAUUUCUGGAGGACAGGCAUCCAUGUAAGUUUUUCAAAACCCUCCCAGUUUCCUGACUAGUCGAUAGACAUUUCCCAGCUUUUCUUCCUACCUGAGGAAUUCUGGCCCGGCCUGCAGCUGCAGCUCCGCCUCCGCAGGCCUCGGUGCUGACAGAGGUGAAGGAAUCUCCUUGACACAAGCGUAGCUGCAGGACACCAUCUCUGCCAUCACACUUGGCUCCGCACCCUCAGAAGAGGACAAAAUAGGGCAGCUGUUUCCUUCCGCUCUGCUGCCCCGACCACACAAGCAUGGAUGAGGAAACCAGCCACCGAACCGGCCCUGAAAACCUCCCAACCCCCUGUAAGUGGUGGUGAGCACCUCGUGGGUGCCGAGGCUGCUUCUGAAGCACAGAGAGGCAGCAAGAAGUCCUCGUGGGGGUGGUGUGCCCAUCUGACCGGCUGAGGGCACCACACUUGGCUGAGUCCUCCAGCGAGGCCGGCGCGCUGCACAAGUACAUCGAACCAGAGGUGCCUGUGGUGAGAGCACUCCCUUCCUGAAUGGUCCCUGCUACCCUGUUCUAAAGGAUGGUAUUUUAUCAACAGAAAUAUCUUGAAGUGUAUAAAGCAUUCCUUGUUUUUAUUGUGAAACUGUGCAUUCUAGUCGCUCUGAAUAUUUUAUGCUUGGUAUUCUUGGCCUCUCACUUAAUUUACUGAAUUCUGAAUUGUUCCUCUAGUUAAGCAGGUACUUGGAAGUCCCAGCUCAGUCUGCAGUCACUGAAAAGUUCAAAAGCCCAUUGAACAGCAAAAUCACCUUAGGUCUAAAGCUAACCUAACCUCAUGCUCAGGUUCCCAGCUGAUGCUUCCACAGAAAGGGUUUUAAUUAAUCAGCCCCUCAACACACACACACACACACACACGCAGCUUUCUGUUCCCAAGAAAUCUUUUGCAGCUAAGUGGCUCCAAGUUAAAUGUGAGAAUGCUGCUGUUGUGCUGCGCCGCAGGCAAUAUAUAAAAUACUGCUAGACAUUAGAACAGGUAUUUCUGUUCCCCUGAUUGCUCCCCCUGCCCCGCAGAAGAGUUUUGGAUCCUCCGGGUUGAAGGUUUCCUGGCUGUGCCUCCAGCACUGAGCUCACAUCCCACCCGGUAACACCGAAAGUGCUGCAACCAGCAGGGCAGCACUUCCCUUCCUGAUUUUGAUUGGUUACGAGUAAGAUCUGAUGUAUAAAAACGCGUAUUUUCCAAAUGAAUUAUUUCCAGGAAUCACCACAGAUGGGGGAAUUGUCAUUUUCAUUGUAUUUGUGUUUAUUAGAACAUAUGUACUUAUUACAAUUGUCAUUGUAAUAAACAGUAGUUCUUCAUAACGCUGUUGAACUGAGGAGCGGUCUCCUUUAACCCAUAGGGGAUUUUGGAUGGGGGGCACGCAGUUUGGGAUCAGGCAUCAACUUGGUUUCACCAGCCCUGGUCUCUGAUGGCCGCGGUUCAUCCUCCUGCUAAUGGUGGAGCAGGGGCACGGGGAGCACUCCAGCAGAUGUUCUUCUGAAGGCGCCGGCAGUCAGGUUGCUGGGCUCCUGGUGGCUCACAGUCAGGCCGUUGACUUUUCUCUCUUUGGGGCAUGUAUAAAGAACAAGAGCAGCAGCAAGCCGAGCUUCAUUUCCCGAGGGUUCCUUCUCUGCUCUGUUGGGCCUGAGGAGCACAGGGCUCCCGCUGCUGCAUCAGGGAAGUGAGUGACGCAAGGAGCCGGGGCAGGGCCGCACCUGCUGGAAGCCGCUGUGCUGAGGGGAGAGCCGGGCUUUGAGCGGGAAAAUGUCCUCCUCCUCCCACCCCCGUGAGUAACCCGUUAUUCCGUUAUGGUUUCCAGAGGCAUUUGUAUUGACCUUUACUAAAUAGCACACCGUAAAGCUUCGGUUAUAUAUUAAAUGUAAACUGAAAGGAAUGUAAACAUAUGUAUUGUUAAUUAUAAAUAGAGAAGUAAUGACAUCAUAGAUUUUAAAAAGUCUUAUUCAGAUGUAUCGGGCGUUUUACAUUACCCACAAACUGUCGCAUGGUAGAGUAGAUUUUUGUCUGAGUAUGUGAAUAACUUGACUUGCGUUUAUCUUUUUACAUGUUUAAUAAAAAAAAAUAUGUUCAAAUCUG